UGAAGUCACUAUAGUUUUUAACUCACGUUUACUUUGUCUUUACAAUUUUACUGGUUCAACUACCAACUUGAUAUCCCUUUAUAAUCCAAUUUGAGAUUGCUUACGUCUCUUGAGUUGAAUUAAGAUGUUGCCAAAUGAGGAGUUGGAAGUGGAUUUACAGCAUGAAAUUGUACUCUGCAACAAAGGUGGAAGUUUUCGUAUAUGAGUGCUGCCUCCACUCCUGUCUCCCGUAUGAGCCAAGCAUGGAUGUCAUCUAUGAAGAAUAAGGCCAUGGCACCAGCAGCAUGUAGUACACCGCUGCUUGCCGCCUUCCCUGGCAAUGAUGAUGAAAAGGAGAGACGUCAGCGCAGAAGGUCUAGAGUAAUUGACCUUCAAACUGCUACGGAAUCUUCCUUGAAUGAAUCUGGACAUCAUAGUCCUGCAGGGACACCAGCUGCUGUGCCCAAAUUGUCCAAUGCUCAAAUCUCAGAGCAUUACUCGACUUGUAUCAAACUCUCCACUGAGAAUAAAAUUACAACCAAAAAUGCCUUUGGUCUACAUCUUAUUGAUUACAUGGCUGAUAUUCUUAAGCAGAAAGAUUCAGAACUCACAAAUUUCAAGGUGGCAGCUGGGACACUUGAUGCCAGUACCAAGAUCUAUGCUGUUCGGGUUGAUGCAGUUCAUGCUGAUGCCUACAGAGUUCUUGGUGGUCUUGGCGCAGAAACCAAACCAGGAGAAGAUCAUGAAAUAAAAGAUGAAGAGCAAAAUGAAGACACUGAGGUGACUGCCAAACAGCCAAAGAAGAAACGACCUCCAAAGAAGACAGUGGAGCAGAACCCGAGCAACUUAAAUUGUGCUGAGUCUGAGAGGAAAUGUGAAGUUGACCCCAUGCUUCAUCGCAUGGCGUCAUCUUUUGACGAGAGUAGCACGGCUGGGGUCUUCUUAUCUGUCCUCUUCAGUGAAAACAGUCGCUGCGAGCUGCUCUUUCCUUCAAGCAUGAUCCUUCUUCAGUCCACACCCUCAUACUCUCCACCGCCUGCAAUGGCGGUCCCUGCAUUGCCAUUUAUGUCUGGACUGCAGCGAUCUCAGGAGAAAAGUGACAUCUGCCCCUCUCUGCAGGACUUUUCCUUCACAAGCUGGAAUCCCGAGCAGACAAUGAACCAACUUUUGGAGAAAAUGAAGCAGGGUGAACACGUUUUUGAUGUCAAUGCUGAGCCUGAACCAGAAGUUGAAGAAGAUGAUUACCCUGAAUUUGAUGGCGACUACGAGGAGGGACAGGGUGAAAAAGAAGGGCCAAGAGAACAUAAAGAUGGUUGUGUAGCUUCAAGCUCUGGAAAAGGACGUGAUGUGAUACCCAUUGGAGAAGGCGAUAUCACAACUAUGUGUCUGCAGCUUUCCUCUCAGCCCAGAGAGUAUUCGUACUUCAGUCCAAGGACAAUGGCCACAUGGGCCGGACCAGGCUACUGGCAGUUCAAGCCAAAGCAUAAGUUGGAUCAUUUGCCUGACAAGGAGACGCGGAAAAAGAAGCCCAAAAAAACCAUCGAAAUAGACUUCAACGCUGAUGUCAACUUUGACACCUAUUUCCGUACCACAAGAGCCGCCACAACUCUCAACAAGUCGGCCCUAAGUUCCAACAACAAAAAAACAAUUCUCCCAGCAGACUUCCAGUUUCCCCCAGAAAGCCUCUCCCAACUCAGCCUUAAAUCAUCAGUGUCGUUAUGCCAGGAAGCGCAGAAGAGGCUGUCUGGAGAGCUUACGGAAGGCAUUGGCGACUAUGAUUACAACAAUGCCAACGAUAAAAACAACUUUUGUCCAGGUCUUCAGGCUGCCGACAGUGACGAUGACAUGGAAGGGUUUCCAGACUCUGACGAGACACAACCUUCAGGUGAAAAUUUUCCACCUCCCUCACACGAAGGUGUCUCGACCUACGGCGACGAAGAUCUCGUACCUGAACCAUAUAGGGUCAACAAAAUUGAGAUCAACUAUGCCAAGACAGCCAAGAAAAUGGACAUGAAGAGGCUCAAGAGCAGCAUAUGGACUCUUCUUACUGAAAGUGAAGAAAACCCCACAAAGGAGGUGGAUGUUACAGAAAACCCUGGGGUUUGCGGGGACAAAGUCUUCAGCCAGACCACAAAGACACUACUUCAAAGACUUCCCAGCACAAUGGCUCAGAACCUGUCAGUACCUUUGGCGUUUGUUGCUUUGCUCCAUCUUGCAAAUGAAAAGAAUUUGGAGCUAAUGAAGGUUGAUGACAUGUCAGACAUCAUCAUCAGGCAAGGCCAUUGAGGAGAAAAGUAUUAUAUGAAACUGAAAAAUGUUCUAUUCUGUUGGAAUUCUGUUGUUCUUAAUGUUCUUUAAUGCGUAUAUCUUAUAUCUCUUAGCAGCAAGCUUUAGUUUGUUUCCAUGCAUGUCCGAGAAAUAUAAUCAGAUGCGAUAGCAUGUUGCAAUUUGAAGAAGUGUUCGCUUCGCACAAAACCAGACCAAUAUCAUUCCAUGUUCCUUAAGUCCAUGCAUAAUUUUUGGAAGCUAAAACCAUACACAUACUGGUAUGGUCUGUAUUACUAUAUAACAUGCCACCUACAGAUUGUGUAUAGUUUACUUUGGCUUUUUUUUUUUUU